UUUUAUAGUAAGAUUUGAAAUCCGUAGAAUGUUGCGCAUCUUUUCUAAAUUUAUCGUUCAUUCAGUCACUUUGUUCGUUUUCACUCGAAUAGCGUUGUGAUAUUUUCAUCAUUUUCCAAAAUUUCCAUCGCGAAGAUUUUGUGUUUGUUGUUAUUUUAUUUAUGCCCGAUUCGAGCUACACCUAUUCCGAGAAUUUAUGUUUUUGGACAAUUUUUGUGUUUCUGUAAAACUACAGUAUGUAGACCUCGUACACCUAGUAGAUAUCCGUUUGGUGCUGUACUUCGAGUGUUGAUCUCAUUCGCUGUUUUCGUGAUAAACGGUGCAUAAUAUCGACGCUUUGCGCUUUCUCAUUUAUGCAGUUGAUGCGGAUUGCAGUAUUGCGAAAGAUGGAAUAAAACAUUUCUAAUCGUUGUAGGUGGUUUCAGGCGUAUGUGAGUUCGCUACAUAUAUGAUGGGUAGGAUAUCGUCAGCACCCUACAGAAAAGAGUUCUCGUUUAUGGUUGCCGUUAUAAUAUGACCGAUAAUAUAAAUCUAUAUUUUAUUAAAGCAAUCAGAAAGAAUCCGGAAAAUCGUAAUCUACAGGACUUACAAAUCAUUUAUUGCGGUCUUCAAACGUUAGAGGCACUUGCAACUUAUCACGACAGCGCUAUAAGAUCUCUAUCGAAAACCGUAAGAUACGAAAAACAUGAAGCCAAUGACGUCUUGUAUUCAACUGGUGAACUCGCUACGUGUUGGUACGUGCUUUUAUCGGGAUCAGUUUUCAUUGACGGGUGUAUGUUUUUACCACCGAACAGUAUCGGGCAACGGACCGCUGGAAGUGCACGAAGACCAAACGAAUGUUUCGUUCUCGAACCUUCUGAAAUGAUUGUAAUUGAUUACUCGGAAAUGCAAUCAGUAUAUUCAAAUUGUACUCAACGAUCUACUUUCCGAAUGGAUCAUCGCGGUGUUAAUAUAAUGUUUGAAGAUCCUUCAAGCAACCGAGACUCGCAAAGCUCGGAUACUAGUUCGGCGUAUUCUGGCAGCGAUACAAUCUCGAGUAUUCAUUCGAUGGAACCAGAGGAUAUUGAUUUAAGCGGUCUUAUCGAAUCAGUCGUCGAUUCAGAUCCCGACGAACCAGUUGACGAUGGCCAAAUCAUGAACGUGCGAGACAAAGUGCGCGAAUGUCUGGAAAAAGAUCCUUCCGACCGAACCGAAGACGAUGUAGAGGUUCUGCUGGAAUUUACUCAACAUUUAAAAGCCUUCACCAAUAUAACGUUGUCGAUUCGAAGAGCGCUGUGCAGCGUGAUGGUUUUCGCCAUAGUCGAGAAAGCUGGCACCGUCGUUAUGAACAACGGCGAAGAAUUGGAUUCGUGGAGCGUGAUUAUCAACGGUCACGUUGAAAUCGAACAUGUAAACGGGAGGAUUGAUAAUUUAAAAUGCGGCGACAGUUUCGGUAUUCUGCCAACGAUGGAAAAACUCUAUCACGAAGGCGUUAUGCGAACCAAAUGUCCAGACUGUCAGUUUGUCUGCAUUACGCAAACAGACUAUUACCGCAUUUUGCACCAAGGAGAAGAGAACAUCAAAAGACACAAAAACGAAGAUGGUAAAGUAGUUUUGGUCACGGAACAACGAACCAUCAAUGCUCGAGAUCGAAGUUGUAAAGGAUACGUUGUAAUUAGAGGUACGGAAAAUAUGUUAAUUUCGCAACUAAUCGAAGACAACCCGGUCGAUUCAACUUACGUAGAAGAUUUCCUGUUGACUUUUCGUACUUUUAUCAAGAACCCGUCGCAAAUAACCGACCAGUUGAUGGAAUGGUUUCAAAAUACCGAUACGAAAGAACGCGUCACACGGAUCGUGGUACUUUGGGUUAAGAAUCAUUUCACCGAUUUCGAAAACGACAACGUGAUGAUGAAUUUCUUGGAAAACUUCGAAGAAUGCUUAUUGGAACAGAAUAUGGUCGGUCAGUUGAGAAUGCUGAACGUGGCGUGCACGUCGAAAGCUCGAGUGCGUUGCGUUACGUUGACCAGAUCGGAUCGCAACGAGCCGUUGAAUUUCGACGUUGUUGGCGGAUUCGAUCGAUCUACGGGCAUUUACGUGUCGGCGGUGGAAAAAGGAUCAAAAGCCGAAGAAAUCGGUUUAAAAAGAGGCGAUCAAAUACUUCUCGUGAACGGACAAAGCUUCCAGCACAUUACUUACGACAAAGCCAUCGAAACGCUUCGUUCUUCGACGCAUUUAAGUAUUACGGUUAAAGCCAAUCUGAACGCUAUGAAAGAAAUAAUGAAAACCGGAGAUAGCGUCGCGGCCAAUAAAAAUACAAGGGGGAAACCUAGUACUAGUAUAGCUGUACUUCAACCGGAUCCGCUCAGAAGAGACGGUAAUUCUUCGACGAUGCAUUCCGUUUCGCUGCAUUCGACUCCGACCAAGAAUAGAAAUUUCAUGACCUUGGGACCGAAAAGGAAAAUUCAAAAGGCUUUACAGAAAAUCAGUAUUUUCCCUCGAACGAAUAACUAUCCGGAUGCAUCCGACGAUUGUUCCAUUUCAAGCGGCGAACAAAACGAAUUCACUUCGCAUUAUCACUCGCAAAGUCAGCCCGAUUUAGUUUCUAUGUCUUACGACGAGCAAAACAACGAUUACCCGGAGCAUGUUUUAAAAGUGUAUAAAUCCGAUCAAAUAUUCAAAUAUUUGCUAGUCCAUAAGGAAACCACGGCCCACGAGGUUGUGAUGUUAGCGUUGCAAGAAUUCGGCAUGACAGAUCCGAGUUCCAAUUUUUCGCUGUGCGAAGUUUCGGUUACCGAAGAUGGUAUAAUCAAGCAGAAAAGACUUCCCGAUCAAAUGCAAAACUUGGCCGAUAGACAAGAAUUAUGUAGCAGAUAUUACCUGAAAACCAACGGAGUAACCGAGACGCUGGUGACCGACGAGAUCGCCGCCGACAUGGUGAGGGAAAGUACGGUCACAUUUUUGCAACUGAACGCUGCCGAAGUCGCUUUACAACUUACCAUGCAAGAUUACAAUGUAUUCAGACAAAUCGAGCCGACCGAAUAUAUCGACGAUUUGUUCGAAUUGAAGAGUAAUUUUGGUACUCCGGCUCUUACGCUGUUCGCCGAGCUCGUAAACAAAGAGAUGUUUUGGGUGGUCACUGAAAUAUGCUCUGAAACGAAUCUAGUCAAAAGAUCUAAAAUCAUUAAGCAAUUUAUUAAACUUGCCCGUCAUUGUAAAGAGUAUAAGAAUUUCAAUUCGUUAUUUGCGGUGAUAUCGGGACUCGGGCACGCGUCCGUUAUGCGAUUGAAACAAACGUGGGAAAAAUUACCGACAAAAUAUAGCAAAUCGUUCACAGAUUUGCAAAAUCUUAUGGAUCCUUCGCGAAAUAUGAGCAAAUAUCGGCAACUGGUUGCGAGCGUAUCGAAUUCUCGAGCAUUGAUCCCAUUUUAUCCGGUCGUCAAGAAAGACCUGACCUUCAUACAUCUGGGAAACGAUUCCAUUAUCGAAGGGUUGAUUAAUUUCGAAAAAUUACGCAUGAUCGCGAAAGAAAUUAGAAAGUUAUCGGAUAUGUGUUCACUAAGUUACGAUUUAAUGUUGACCGAGCCCGGCGCACCGGUUGGAUUUGGUCAAGGACCGGUCAACGCUGUCGUGAAUCCGGUUAGUCACGGUAUUUUGACGGUGAAGAGAAGAAAAAAAUCGGCCGGUGCUUUGAACCAAAGGAAGAUGUACGAAGAGGCGCAAAUGGUGCGUAGAGUGAAAGCGUAUUUAGCCAAAAUCAAAGUGAUAACGGACGAAGAAAAACUGCACGAAUUAUCUAUACAAUGUGAGAAUCUAGUAACCGGCCCGUCGUCGUACUCGGGGAAUGCUCCGUUGAGGAAAUGCAAUCCGUCGCCUACUCUGUCUACUGCCAGUAGCACCAGCAGCACUAGCGAAGGGCGAAAAGCGACCGCGCCGAAAUUCGGUUCAGCGUCGCCUCAAACCGUGCGAAAACUAUUAUCGCUCAGCGAACAAUGUAAAACUCGACCGCAUCAGUCGAGACACGCGAUAUCGUCGGCGAUCGGUCCUCUCGGCCGUGUUCCUAAUGUUAUUAAACCGGCGGCCGCGUUGAUAUCGUCGACGCACGAAAGAUCGUACAGCGAUACGUCCGUUCCGCAUCAAGAUUUUCAUCCGUCCGCAUUGAUGUCGGCCGUCGAUCUGAAUGCGGAGAGCAGUAGCGUUACCAGUUUAUCCAACUUACCCCUAAGAAAAAAUUUAACCGGUAAUAAUAGCUGCGUAACCGAUCGAUCCGGAAUGCCUAGGCCGGCUCCUCCGUAUUCUAACAUGCCACCAAUACCGAGUAAAAUGUACAUUCACGGUAGAUCGUACUCGCACGAAGGUGUUACCAGACCGUAUCGCGACGUUUCGCAAGACGAAGAUGGUUCGUUCGGAAAACAUGUAUGACAGUACUCAAGUGUCGGCAGUUUGAGAGGGCAUAUGCGAGAUUUUCUGCAGCGGUUAAUAGCGGACAUCACGACUGAACGUCUACGACAUGUUACAUACGUAUGUGUUAAGCUUAAUCGUGUACUCGCUCGUACAAGUGGUAUUCUUUCGACCAAGUUGGUUAUGUUACGUUACGUUACGUUAUGUUAUGUUAUGUUAUGUAAUACAUAUUACUCGUAUUUUUGAUGACGCAUUGCGCGUAACUUUCUGCAAUUACAUACGGUAUAUACGAGUGGAAAGGCCGACAACGUGCUUUACGUUGUCGUAAAAUUUUUAUCUAGACCCGACUUAUUGGCGUGUAAAUUUCCAUUUUUAUACAUAUACUUUUAAAUCAUUUUUACUAAAGUAGCGUAUUAUAUUGUUUUAGAAUUUUAUUCUAUGUUUGUGUAAUAUUUUUCAUUUUAUUUAUGUAUGUAUUCGUUUUCUCUCUCUCUCUAUCUCUCUCUUCCUUUUGAAAAACUCAUAUAUUGCUAAUUUACCAUUGUGAGAAGUUUUAAAAAUAUAACCGAAAAGUGAUA